AUGGUUGAGAUGCAGGCUGCGCUACCAAGUGUAGCCGUCCAACAUAUCGAAGAGAAACCAUUUCCACCGAGGCUCGAUGAGCGUUUUGCAGCGUUGAAGCAAGAUAUUAUUAAAGAUGUUGAUCCAAUGGCACUGAAGCAAUCAUACGAACGCCUUAAAACGGACUUGGCAAAUGAAGUCGAUCGUCUCGAAAGACUCCAGCAAGCAGCGAUUCCUGAAGUGCAGUGGGCUGACGUCCAAGCGAACGGUGGCAGGAUCCCAGACAAAAUCGCGGAGGAAGCCAGGCAUGCCGGUUGCGUCCUCUUCAGAGGCGUGAUUCCAGAAGAGCAAGCACUGAAGUGGAAAGAAGAGCUCAAGGACUAUACUUCCAGACAUCGAACUGUCGGUGGCAGACCAUUGAGCAAUCCAACGUUUUGGCUAUUGUACUGGACCCGUCCACAGGUUCAAGGCCGAUCCCACCCCGAGAUCCUCAAAGCCAUGGACUCGAUCAUGAAGUUGUGGCACGUCGAGGACGACUCGCUGCCUAUCGACAUGGACAGCCAAGUCCACUAUGCUGAUCGCUUCCGUAUCAGACGUGCUGGUGAUAAGGAAUAUUCUCUCAAGGCCCACUUAGAUUCUUCCGCCAUCGAGCGAUGGGAAGAUCCGAAGUAUCGUUCCAACUACGAAGCGAUACUCAAGGGCGAAUGGGAGAAGUUCGACCCAUGGCGUAUGGACAACCGACCGGAUGCUGUCACCGACCUGUACCAGCAACAAGGCUCGUGUUCGUCGUUCCGUGCUAUGCAAGGCUGGCUGAGCAUGAGCCAUUGCGGACCGGGCGAAGGCACCUUGAGAGUGCUGCCCAGUCUCAAACUGUCCAUGGCGUACAUUAUGCUGAGGCCAUUCUUUUUGGAUGAAGAGCUGGAUGCUUCUGAGCCGACGUUUCCCGGAGCCACGCCGGGCAAAGGCCAGUUCUAUCCAACCUCGAAAUUUCAUCCCCAUCUGAAGCAGGACACGAGUAUCAUCAGCGUUCCAAAGGUCCAUCCUGGUGACUACAUGUUCUGGCAUUGCGAUCUGGUACAUGAAGUCGAGGACCAGCAUAAUGGCGAAGAGGACUCCAGUGUCUUCUACAACGCCAGCAUCCCACUAUGCCCAUACAAUAUCGAGAACAUGCUCCGAAUGCGCCAGUCGUUCAGGGACGUGGUUCCUCCCAGAGACUUCUAUCGUGACAUCGGUGGUCCAUACGAGCUGGAGCGAGAGCAUGAAGAUCAUGGUGCGAGGGAGGAGAACAUUCUUUCGAUUGAAGGUCGUCGCGCUUUGGGACUGGAGCCAUUUGAUGAGAAUGAAGCUGGACUCAGUGUGGGCCAGAAGAAUGUUCGCAAGAUGGCGAACGAUGCGAUGCGAGAGUGA